UCUCUUACUUGCAUGCCAGUUUGAAUUGCUGACAUUGAGAUAGUGUGUUUAUAUUUUGGAAAAUUUCCACAAAAGGACAACAAAUAGAAAGGAUUUUGCAUGAAAAUCCUUCAUAGUUUGUUCCCCUUGUUCUCUGGGUAAGUGUUCCCCAGCUGGUCAUCCCGGAAUAUUGCCGCAGUAGCCAGGAAAAUCGGUGAAAGUUGCUGCAAAGGAGGCCACGAUGACUUCAACUUCGGACGACUCCACGCCGGAAUCCUCGGAUCACGGGUACUCCAAUGGCAUGUACGGUGGUCGGAAGAGACAGAGGGAAGAUGAUGAUGAGAGCUAUUGGGCGCCACAGCCCAAGAUAGCAGUCACAGAAGCCUCAACCGAGGCGUCCAGCACAGAUUUGUAUUCCCAGGCAUCGCUGCGAAUGAUGAAGAAAAUGGGUUACCAGGAGCGCACGGGUCUGGGAAAGCACAGUCAGGGCCGGUUGGAUCCCAUUGAGGCAUCUAAGCAGAAGGGCCGAAGGGGUUUGGGAGCAGCUCCCGACUCGGUGGAUCUGUCAGGAGCUCAAUUCAAUGACACUGAAGAGAUCAUUCAGAUUCCGGAGAUUGUCGAUUGGCUGCACGGUGAACUGGACGAUCUGGAGGAUUUAGAUCGCAGCCGGCUGGAUGAGUGGCUGGUGCAGGGGCCGAAGAAAUUGAUCAUUGACGAUGAGACGCUGUUCUGUGACCCGGAAAUCCUCAAGGGCGUCCUGGAGGCCAAGAAUGUCUUUGACAAUAUGAAUGAUCUGGACAUGAGGCGAGCCUGCCAGCGCAGCAAUCCCUUCGAGACCAUCAAAAAUGCCAUUUUUCUCAAUCGGGCAGCCGUGAAGAUGGCCAACAUGGAUGCUCUGCUUGGCUUCAUGUUCACGGAUCCCGUGGAUGAGGACGGAGUGUCCCUGGUGAGAGAUCAUGAGCUCCUCUACUUUGCCGAUGUCUGUGCUGGCCCAGGUGGCUUCUCCGAGUACAUCCUGUGGAAGCGCAAAUGGCAUGCUCGAGGCUACGGAUUCACGCUCAAAGAAGAAAAUGACUUCAACCUGGACAACUUCCUGGCUGGCCAUCCUGAAUCCUUCCAUCCUUUCUACGGCGUCGAGGGCGAUGGCGAUGUCUACAAUCCCGACAACAUUGACUCUCUCAUGAAGCUGGUGAUGAGUGAAACAGGGAAAGGAGUCCAUUUCAUGAUGGCCGAUGGAGGAUUUUCGGUGAAGAAUCAGGAGAACAUUCAGGAAAUCCUGUCCAAGCGUCUCUACCUUUGUCAGUGCCUCGUGGCUCUGAGUGUCCUCCGGGAGAAGGGACACUUCGUGGUGAAGCUCUUUGAUCUCUUUACGCCCUUCAGCGUCGGCCUGGUCUAUCUCAUGUACAAGUGCUUCCACCAAAUUGCCAUCAUCAAGCCCAACACCAGCCGCCCGGCCAACUCAGAGCGGUAUCUCGUCUGCAAGUGGCUCAAAUCCGGCACUGACGUCAUCCGGAGGCAUCUCUUCGACGUCUGCGUCACAAUGUUCAGAUCAUCUGGUAAUGAUGAUGUCCGGGAAUUGGUUCCCUAUGAAAUCCUUAGGGAUGACACCAAUUUCUUCGGGUACAUCUUUGAGUCCAAUAAUCGGAUUGGACGCAAUCAGAUAACGGGCUUGCGAAAGAUCGCAGCUUAUGCGGGGAACAAGAGUCUGGAAGAGACUCGUCAGAUUGAGAUUCGGGAGCGAUGCUUGAGGGAAUGGUGCCUUCCGAGCACCAUGAGGACAGCUCCGCGUGGUCAGAAGACUUCGCACGAGGAAUACUCCAAUGAGCUGCUGCGGGGGGCAGAUCGGAAGUUUAUGACGACGAAGGAGAAUGUUUUGACAAAGAGAGGGAGGCAUUUAAUUGGGAUUUUUGGAGAGGUUCAGGAUCACUGGUACUUUGUGCCACUGAACACUCCGGAGAAUAGUCAGAAGAACAUCCGGACGUUCUUUCUCAGCAAGGGACGGCAGGAUGUGGUGAUGCUGAAUGGGAAAGGGAUGUGGGAGCAUCUGCCGAGGGGAAUUCAGGUGGAAAUGUCACCACAGACGCUGAUUUAUGGGGAAAUUGUGCAAGAGCACAAAGGUGAAGAUAGAUCUCAGCGCACCAGCUACGCCCUCCACAUCAUUGAUGGGCUCAUUCUCGAUGGAGAGGACAUCCGGAAGAUGCCGCUGUUGGAGCGCAAUAAGUACUGUCAGAAAUUUGCCGAAGCUAUAAAUAAGCCUUUUGGGAAUGCUGAAACUGUGCCCAUUAGGUGCAAGAAACUGAUUCCCUUCCGGGAAAUUGGGCCCUUUAUUGAGGGCCUGCAGUACUAUGGACUGAAAAAUAUGACUACGCGCAAGGGAUACUUGCUGCCCAAUACAGACGAGCGCUUCUACAUCCCCAAGGCUCUGCUGUUCCUCUGUGAGAUCAAAAGCAACCUCCGGAUGCACUACAGUGUCCGGAAUCAAACGACCUACUACUACGACCUCGAGAGGCAGAAAUCCUUCAAUCUGCACGAAUUGGAGAAUCCAAGUUGCAUUCUCACUUCCUUCAACACAACCUUUCAGUUUAGGUUUCUGUGGAAGUGGGAGCAGGAGCUUCAAAUCCAGGCCUCGGCCCACAAUCCGGUUCCCGAGGAUGAAGCAGAUGGACUUGUGUGCAGGUCAGAUCUUGAGUACCUCACGUGGCAGAGCAUUGAGAAAUCCAGGAAAAUCUACUCGCAGUGACAUUUUGCGAGGAAAACUCUAAUGUAAAAAACAAAAUAUUUUAAAACUCAAUAAAAGUUGUAUAGAACAUUC